AUGUCGUCUCAGAUAUGCGUGGUCGGCUCAUUGAACGUUGACUUUACAGUCACUACGCAUAGGUGUCCCGGCCCUGGAGAAACAAUAACGGCCAGAAGCCUUUCGGUGAGCGCUGGAGGAAAAGGCGCAAAUCAAGCCGUCGCCUGUGGUCGAGCGUUGUUCACUUCUCCCUCUUUGCAGACUCAGCAAAACGUCACCAUAAGCAUGAUUGGAGCUGUAGGUUCCGUGGAUGGUCAUUAUCGGAACUUACUCCAACCGAUGUUGGAACAGUCAGGGGUGGACACGGUGGAUAUUGAGGAGCGGCUUGAGAGCCAAACUGGAUCCGCAACAAUCAUUGUUGAAGAUGCGGCAGAUGGUGAAAACAGGAUACUGGUAGUUCCUGGUGCAAAUCAUGAAGGAAUGAGCGAUGUCCAAAGGAUCAUUACUUGCAUCCAACACAGACACAAGCAACGGCAACCCAAUACUCCGAAUGUCAUCAUCCUGCAAGGAGAGAUUCCAAGAGAGACUGUGUUACAGCUCUUGGAAUAUUUCAAUAAUCAAAAAGAGCGCUCAGCGCAUAUUAUUUUCAACCCCGCGCCCGUAUUUCCAGAAGGCGUUCCUCUUCGCGCUCUUUCACACACCAGUGUUCUCGUCAUGAACGAGACUGAAGCCACACAAAUGGAGAGAUCAAUUUUCGGGGAGAGCUCUUCCGUCAAAUAUUUGAGUUCAGAAAUGGAUGAACCUAGGUUGCAGGAAUUAGCGAAACGCUUCCACGACGUUGCCGACGUAUGGGUCGUACUCAUCACACUGGGAGCCAAAGGGGUACUCUUCUCGACUAGUACCGGCCGAAGCGGGAUCGUGAAAGGAAUUGCAGUGAAAAGUGUGGUAGACACCACGGCAGCAGGAGAUACCUUUGUCGGUUAUUUUGCCGUCGCUUUCACUCGGUUCCUUCGAACAUCAUCAGGGAAGUUGGAGGAUUUUGAUAUGAUUGUAGAGCAGGCAGUAGCGGAGGCCAACUUUGCGGCAGCAGUUUGUGUACAGAGACAAGGUGCAGCACAAAGUAUUCCGUUUGCCUAUGAGAUCAAAAACCGGAUAGAAUAG